AUGACGCCUGCAGGAUACCCACUUGGAGUGCAUGCAGAUGCAAACAACGAUUUGAUUGUGGUGGACUCUUUGAGGGCAGCUGUCGUGAGAUGGACGGGCUACAGGUAUGAAGUAAUUGCAGGAGGGAAUGGUGUGGGUUCUUCGGCAAACCAGUUGAGCAGCCCGCUGGGUGCUUUCUUCCUGUCGGGAAGCCCUGACAUGCUGUACGUUGCUGAUACUGCCAAUCACCGGAUCGUCGCAUGGCCUCGGGGCAGUGUGACAGGAAAUGUGGUUUUCGGGACAGGCACGUGCGGACCUCGUCUUUUGGUUGUUUGUUGCCUUUCUGCUGCUGCACUGUAUGAUUCAAAACUCAGCGAUGCCAGCUGCGAGCCGGGAUCCCACAAGUUGUCCCAUCUAAGUGUAGCUUGGUCACCCGGUUUGGGUCGGACUUAG